AUGAUAUGUUUCCACGGAAGCGAUCCCAUUUGCUUCAACACUGAUCGACGCCUUCGUUACAACAUAUUCAUUCUUUCCUUCUUUCUUUCUUUCUUUCUUUCUUUCUUUCAUUUAUUCAUUCUUUCUUUCUUUUAUUUAUUCUUUAAUUCUUUCCUUCAUUCAUUCUUUUUUUUAUUCGUUCAUUCAUCCGUUCUUUCCUUCAUUCAUUCAUUCAUCCGUUCUUUCUUUCAUUCAUUCUUUCUUUCAUUUUUUCAUUCAUUCAUUGACUCUUUCUUUUAUUCGUUCAUUGAUUCUUUCUUUCAUUCAUUCUUUCUUUCUUUCAUUCACUUUUUCAUUCAUUCAUCCUUUCUUUCUUUCUUUCUUUCAUUUAUUCAUGUUUUAUUUCAUUCAUUCAUUCUUUCUUUCUUUUAUUCAUUCUUUAAUUCUUUCCUUCAUUCAUUUUUUAUUUAUUCGUUCAUUCAUCCGUUCUUUCCUUCAUUCAUUCAUUCAUCCUUUCUUUCUUUCUUUCAUUCAUUCAUUCAUUCAUCCUUUCUUUCUUUCUUUCAUUUAUUCAUUCAUUCAUUGACUCUUUCUUUUAUUCGUUUAUUGAUUCUUUCUUUCAUUCAUUCACUUUUUCAUUCAGCCUUUCUUUCUUUCUUUCUUUCAUUUAUUCAUGUUUUAUUUCAUUCAUUCUUUCUUUCUGUAUUUCUGUCAUUCAAUCAUUCUUUUAUUCAUUCAUUCAUUCAUUCAUUCAUUCAUUCAUUCAUUCUUUUAUUCAUUCAUUCUUUCAUUCAUUCAUUCAUUCUUUCAUUCAUUCAUUCUUUUAUUCAUUCAUUCUUUCAUUCAUUCAUUCUUUCAUUCAUUCUUUUAUUCAUUCAUUCUUUCAUUCAUUCAUUCAUUCUUUCAUUCAUUCCUUCAUUCAUUCUUUCAUUCAUUCAUUCUUUCAUUCAUUCAUUCUUUUAUUCAUUCAUUCAUUCUUUCAUUCAUUCAUUCAUUCUUUUAUUCAUUCAUUUAUUCAUUCAUUCAUUCUUUUAUUCAUUCAUUCUUUCAUUCAUUCAUUCAUUCAUUCAGCCUUUCAUCUAUUCAUUCAGUCUUUCUUUCUAUCAUUCAUCCUUUCUUUCAUUCAUUCUUUCAUUCUUUCUUUCAUUUAUUCGUUUUUUAUUUCAUUUAUUCUUUCUUUCUUUCUUUUAUUCAUUCUUAGUCUAA